AUGUGUGGGAGAGGCCAAAAGAGGGUGGCAGCGGCUCUGGAGAUGGAGUUCCAUGUGACUCUGAGCUGCCCAACAGACCUGGGGAAAACACACGUGCCACUGACAGCGCUUGAGAACAUCCUUAUGAUGACCCUGGAGCUGGAGCAUCUAAUCUUACCUAGACAUAUGGCCUGCUGCCUCUGCAAAUAUAAAACUGAUAUUGAGGUUGUCUGCAAAACAGUCAAACUGCAUUGCCAUACUGGAUGUCUGACAAACACCACACAUUGUCGUGAGUCUCUUGCCGCAGAGGAAAACAGUCUUGCAGAAAUUGACAAGGCAGAGAAAAGACUCCGCAGCUUGAACAGAGUGCUCAAGAGGACAGGAAGCAUACAGAAAAGGCACUUUAAGGGAGUGAGUGACAAGAGCCUGUGGAAUAAGCAGAGUGUCCAGACGCCUGUGGAGAGUAUUGCCAAAGACGGACAGCUCGGGAGCCCACCCACAGCGGAGUUGCAGCAGCUCAGUGUGGUUCAGAAGCCCAGGACGUUAGUGGGAAAUUCCUUCCACCCAGAGCCCUUGCUCCCAAAGGAGCAUGGGGAGGCAGUGUCUUCUUCCCCAGAACAGUCGCUGGUGGACAAGACUCCCACUACAAAAUCACUGCCUGAGUUCAUAGACAGACGAAAAGACUUGUCUCACACCAUUUUCGUUUUAGAAAGUGCAAAUGCCAAUGUGAAAAGAACAAAGGGGUCUAACCCUAGUUUACUAUCUGAAAAGAGACAUAGAAACCUUAGGAAGAAAAUAUCUCAUUUCCGGUUGAUUGCAAAGAGUCCAGCAUCCUCUGCAGUGAGGAGCCUGGUAAAUUCCCCUGCAGGAGGGGUCUUUUCAUCUUUAGGAGACCCGAGUUAUGCAGAAAAGCCUUUUUCACAAUUAGAUGCUGCCUUAGAACCUCCUACAAAAAAAACUCUUGAAGAAAAUCAGGCAGCAAUAGAUGAUACUGAAGAAAACAUCCUCAAACCAGCCCUCACUGGGCCUAAAGAAGCUGCAUUAGAAAAUAUUCCCCCUGAGAAUCCUACUGUAGAGUCUAACGGGCCUACAUCUGAUUUAAUUCCAACUGCUCAGCAAACAAGCAAGCCACAGUUAGACUUCACCUUGGGAUCUGACUCCCAUGACCAUUUCAAAGAAUUUGCUUACCCAUUGCUGAUGUCACCAGGUGAACGCUUUGAAUCUCAGCUAAACCAGCAGCUGCAGCCCCUCAUCCCCAACAACAAUGUGAGAAAGCUUAUUUCUCACGUUAUCAGGACUUUGAAGAUGGACUGCUCUGACCCCCGUGUACAACUGUUCUGUGCCAAGCUCAUCUCCAGAACCGGCCUCCUGAUGAAGCUUCUCAGUGAGCAACAAGAAUUCAAGUUGUCCAGGGCCGACUGGGAUACGGACCAGUGGAAAACUGAGAACUACAUCAAUGAGAGCACAGAAACCCAAGGUGGACAGAAGGUUCUGGAACAAAGUCAGCACACAAAAGAAGUUCCGGGAUACGGCUACAACAACAAAGUCAUCUUGGCAAUAUCUGUAACUGUAGUAUUGACAGUGUUGAUUAUCGUUUGCUGUCUCUCUGAGGUAAGGACAACAAUACAUUCCUCUGUCCAGAAUGUGCCCGGUCUGUGUCAUAGGUUUAGAGGCCGCAAACUGAAAACCUGAGCCACUGACCCUCUCUGUCUACAAAUAAUGCCCCCGAGUGUCCACAGGUACUGUGUGAAGUCGGGCUCCCCAAUGUCAGGUCAUUAUGUAACGUUCUGAUUUGGUGUCAGACUGGUGGUGUUGCUGUGAGAGGCUGUGGGAGCAGUGGAGAGUUCUCUGUCAGUGAGGAUGUGGAAUUUUUAGGCUAGAAGGCAGAAAUCAGCAUGGGAUCAGUUCAUGACCUCCGGGAGGAUGUCCUC